CGGCUCCUCCCCGUCCCCAGUCAUGUGAUCUCCUCGUGUGCCGUGGAAUGCUGAAAUGGAGCAGCGCAGAGUUCUACAGCCAACUGUGACAUUAAACAAUGGCGUUAUCAUGCCUCUCCUUGGUCUGGGCACAUUUCGUUUACGCGGACUUGAAAAUGUUAUUCAAGCUGUAGAUGCUGCAUUGAAAUAUGGCUAUCGUUCAUUUGACACAGCUUCUGUCUACCGCAAUGAGGGUGAUCUCGGCAAGGCUUUGCGCCAGCUUUUACCUAAAUAUGGCUUAAGCCGCGCUGAUGUCUUCAUUACAACUAAAUUAGCCCCUGUAGAUAUGGGCAAGGGAGCACGUGAGGCUUGUCUGAAGAGCCUGGCUGAACUAGGAUGCCAAUACUUGGAUCUCUUCCUGAUUCAUUGGCCAGGUAAGCAGGGGUGGCGAAGUGAUGAUACCCGGAACCAUGAAGCAAGAGAAGAGAGCUGGAAAGCUAUGGAGGACCUGUAUCAAGCUGGCAUUAUUAGGGCACUGGGAGUAUCUAACUACACAACAUCUCACCUUACAGAGCUGCUUGGAUCAUGUCGCAUAUCACCAGCAGUGUUGCAGGUGGAAUUUCAUCCAUGCCUACCACAAUUUGACCUUUUGAAUUGGUGUAAAAAGCAUGAGAUCCAUUUCCAAGCCUACUCCUCUUUAGGAUGUGGUGAUCUACUGAAAAAGGAUGAAGUGACUAAGGUUGCAAAUAUCCACGGACAUUCCCCUUCCCAGAUAUUGCUUCGGUGGGCUCUCAGACAAGGUGUUGGAGUUAUUCCCAAGGCUUCAGCCCCUGAAAGAAUAAAGGAAAAUAUUGGGGUUUGGGACUUUGAAUUGACUGACGAAGAAGCUGAGAUACUCAGAGGAGAUGGCACAGAGAAGAGAUAUUGCUGGGAUCCCACUGGAGUAGUAUAGGACUCU